AUGGACGCCCAACAGUUCAAAGAAUUUAUGGAAUUUCAAACUGCAAUGAUAUCUACUCUCUUUUCUCAAUUACAAAGUUCACAGAGUCAGACAAACCGUGAAUCAUCAAGCAAGGGAGAAAUUGUGAUGAAUACAGCACUUUUAGCUAACUUCGAAAAUUUUGACAGCAAGAAAGAAUCGUUUUCAAAUUACAAAAGCAGGUUCCAGAAUUACCUUCAAAUGAAGCAGAUCAAUACAAAUAAGCCUUAUUGUGCUCAAUUGCUACUAAAUUCUAUUGGAGCUCAAAAUUUCAACAUGAUUACAGCUUUGGCUGCUCCUAAAACUCCUGAUCAGUUGACAUAUGAUGAAUUGAUAAAGUUAUUGGAAGAACAUCUUGCACCAAAGAAGAACGUUUUAGUUGCUCAACAUCACUUUUUGUCAAUCUAUCAAAAUGAACAACAAUCAAUUCCAGAAUUUGUAAGUACACUUAAGAGUAAUAUAAGUGACUGUGAAUUCACAUGCGAGUGCAAGAAAUCAGUUGCAGAAAUCUUCCUGACAGCUCAAUUCAUUCGUGGCUUAUACGAUAAUAGCAUUCGUGAACAAUUACUUCAGUCUGAUAGUAAAACUUUCAAAGACAUUUUUACGAGAGCAAUUGCGCUCGAAUCUUCGAAAAUUGAUGCUCGCAAAAUUGCCCAGAAAACAAUUUCAACGUCAUCUUCAACAGUUGAUAUCAAUAAAGUCAACUGUUCACACCAACAUGUUCAUAAAAUGCACAGAAAUCAUUCACGUUCAUAUAUCCCUUCAAGAAAUAGAAAAUCGAGGUACAAUAGGCCACUCAGUCGCAAAUAUAACCUUGAAUCACUAGGACUGCAGAAUGUUUGUCUUAGGUGUGGGAAAUCCAAUCAUAUCACAAAAGAUUGUCACACUGAACAAACCUCGCUUAAAUGUACCUUAUGCAACAGGACUGGUCACGUUUCUAAGGUCUGCAUUACUUCAUUAGUUGCAAAUAAGACAAAAUCUGAAUCGGCUAAUCAAAUUCAAAACGACGAUUCAUAUGAAAUCGCACGACAAUAUGGUGUACAACAUAUUGUUGAUAUUCAUCAAAAUCAUAAUAGUUCUGACACUGAUAUGAAUCGUUAUUACGCCCACGUCAAAAUAGAAGGAAAACCAAUCAAAUUCGAAGUAGAUUCGGGAUCAGCUUAUACGUUUCUUCAACGUCAACAAUUACAAGAUUUGAAUCUGAAUAUUCCUCUUGAACCAGCAACCAUCGCAUUCCGCUCAUAUACUCAAGAUUUUUUCAUACCCGAUGGGAAGAUUGUAGUUGACGUUUCUUAUGGUAACAUCAAAAUAAAAGAAGAUGUUUAUAUUGUGCCAGAUGAUUACGCUGUCAUUCUUGGUAGAGUUUGGAUCCGACGCCUCAAGAUAGAUUUGAACCAACUAAGUCAACAAAACACUUCAGUCCCCUUUGAAAGAUUCAACCUGUGGAGUGUAGAGGAAGUGAGCGCCAAAUAUCCAAAUGUUUUUGAAGAGAAAAUUGGAUGUGUUCCAGGUUUCAACGUUGUUCUCAAGUUAUGUGAAGGGGUACAGCCAUGUUUUCAUCGUGAACGUGAAAUUCCCUACGCACUCAGCACAUUGGUUGAAAAAGAGUUGGAUCCACUUGAAAAUGCAGGAAUCAUAACGAAAAUAUCGAUAUCUGACUGGGGAUCACCAUUAGUCGUAAUACCAAAGGCAGAUGGAGGCGUACGUUUGGCUGUCGAUUACAAAGUCGGAGUCAAUGAGCGACUUAUGAAUUCACAUUAUCCAAUUCGCAAAAUCGAAGACAUUUUGAAUAGUCUACGUAAUUCUCGAUUCUUCUGUAGGCUCGAUUUAUACAAAGCCUAUCUUCAUAUCAAGGUUGAUGAAAAAUCGAGUGAAAUUCAAACAAUUUCUACGCACAGAGGUACAUACAGGAUGAAUCGAUUAUCUUUUGAAAUGAAAACAACCCCAUCAGAAUUCAACCGUAUCAUGGAUCAGAGUACACGUUUGAAAUUCUAA